AUGCUCAUCCGCACCCUCCCCCUCCCCACCCCCCUCACAAUCCCAACCGAGCCCCUAACCCCCAGCUCCUUCGCCCCCUUCGGCGCCGUCUUAACCAACCCAGCCCCCGACCCCGGCCCUCCGCAGCCGCAUCAUCUUCAUCCCUCUUACCUCAAGGCACGGCGCCGUGUCCGCCAACCAGGGCACCCCAUCCAGUACCGGGGUUUGGCACCGCCGCUGCGGGACCUAUACGCCCAGGCUCCGAGCGGCAAGAGGGCCACGCCGCGGACUACUAUGUUUGUGUGCGGCGCGCGGGAGUUGGAGCCUGAGUCGGGAAGGGAGAAUGGCAAUGGCAAUGCUAGUGCCGGCGGGAGUAACAGCGCGGGGCUAUUUACCGUGCAAGUCCUCGAGCGCCACCCCUUCACCACGCAGACCUUCAUACCUCUCAGCUCCUCCUCCUCCCAUUCCUCUUCGUCAUCAGUACAAUACCUAGUCAUCGUAGCGCCGACCUUACCCCCCACCAGCGCAGACAACGACUUCCCCGUGCCCGAAGACAGAGCGCAAGCCACGCUCCCGGGCCGCGGCAUGCCGGACCUAAGCCGCAUCCGCGCGUUCCUAGCGACGGGCUCGCAGGCCGUGACCUACGGCGCGGGGACGUGGCACGCGCCGAUGGUGGCGCUCGGUCCGCCUGGCUCCGCGGUUGAUUUCGUCGUCGUGCAGUUCGCUAACGACGAGCCGGUUGAGGAUUGCCAGGAGGUGGCUCUUGAGGGGGGAGGGGAGGGUGGGGCGAGGAUAAGGGUGAGGGUGCUAGGGCGGAAGGGGGAGGUUUCGAAACUGUAG